AGCUCGGUCUUCCAUCCAACGUGUUACGAUAGUUAACGCUGGAUCUACUGUUGGCAACUCUGAAGAUCUCAGCGUAGGGAUGACUUCUUUGUUCCAUUUGGAGAAAUCCACCUUUGCAUCAUCGUUCUUAGUGGCCUUAACAUCCACUUCUUCCUCCGAGUCCCAAUCUUCCGGCCCUUCCAACUCAGCUCGCGUCUCACCGAUUUUUUCCGAUGCGGAUAUCCGCUUUUGCUUCAGCUUUUUCGAUUCCUUUCUCAAGGAAGUUUCAUUCAAGCUUCGCGUAAUUUCGGCAAUCCCACGCUUUACCGAGACUCCAGUUGGGGGUUCCUUUUCAGCACGUCCGAAGCCUUCGCCUUACCCAUCCAUUAACCAAGACCGAUCUCAAUAUGAAAAACGGCUUUACUCCUGGCUUUCCAUCCAAUGGGUACAAGCCUCCCCCAUGUACCCAUAUCAACUGUGUCACUGGCCACAGAAUAAACCGUGGUGGGAAGAGUCUGCAAUGGGGGCGGUUGAAUCCACUUUCGAUCGAUUGAGCUGUAGGCCUGUAAAUGCACAGAAGCUGUGGUCAGCCCUCCCAACUCAUUAUGCGUCAUCUUGA